AAACACUACCACUGGUUUUAACCACACAGCUUUUUUUUUUUGUAUAUAUAUAAUUCAUUAUUUUUUAAAUAAUAAUUAUUAAUAAUAAUAAUACAAAAAAAAUAAAGAUAGAGAUAAAUAUAAAUAUAAAUAUAUAUAUAUUUACAUAAUAUUUUUUUAAUUUAAGAAUUUCAAAUUAUUUUUAACAAUAAUAAAUUCAUAAUAUAUAAAAUAACAAUAAUAUAACAAAGUAAAUUUAUUAUUAAAAAUAAAAAUAAUUAUAGAAUCAAAGUAUACCAUACACACAUAUAUAUAUAUAUAUAAAAAGUAAAAAAUGGGUAGACUUAAUAAACAUGAAUAUUCACCGUUGGUCGAAUCUGACAUUACAGUUAUGAAACCACCACCAGAUAGAUUUGGUUUAGCAUGGUUUUGUUUUUUAGUUUUAGGUAUUGGUUUAUUAUUACCAUUUAAUUGUUUUAUUACAUCAUCAGCAUAUUAUAAUUCAAUUUAUCCAAAUAAAUCAUAUACAUUUUUAAUGUCAUUGGCAUACAACUAUUUCCAAUGGAUUUUAUUAUUUGUAUCAUCAAAGAUUAUGCCAAAAUUUUCAUUCAAGUCACGUAUGUUUGUUUUCUUUUUAAUUUUAGCAGCCAUUUUGUUUUGGAUGCCAUUCAACGAUACAGUUUUACAUAAAAACGAAACCACAAGUAUGAUUAUCAGUUUACUUUGUACCCUUUUAGCUGGUUGUUCAGUAUCAUUAUUGUUUGGUACCGUUAUGGGUUUGGUAGCCUUAUUCCCAGGUGAUUAUACAGGUGCAGUUAUGAGUGGUAAUGGUGUAGCAGGUAUUAUUGCUUCAGUUUUCAGUAUCAUCACUACAGCUUCAGUAUCAAACACUCCAGAGGGCUUCAAAAAGAGCAGUUAUAUUUUCUUUUUCUUAGCUGCAGGUGUUAUGAUUUUAUGUUUACUUUGUUUUGUACUUUUGCUUCAAUUACCAUUCACCAAAUACUUUUUAACAGCUUAUGAAGCAUCAAAGACCAAAGAAGGUUCAAUUAAUGAUGUAGGUGAAGUCAAAAAACCAGAGGUUUCAAUUUUCAAGAUUUUAAGAAAGGUAUGGAGAGAGGCUUUAGUUGUAUUCUUGGUUUUCUUUACCACUCUUUCAGUUUUCCCAGGUAUUACAGGUCUUAUUCAAACUAGCGAGUCAAAGAAACUUGGCCAAACUUGGUUCCAAAUUUAUUUUGUAUUAACUUUUAUGAUUGGUGAUUUCAUUGGUAGAACAUUACCAAAAUGGCUCAUCAUCUUCAAACCAAAUACUCUUUGGAUUCCAACCGUUCUUCGUUUAGCAUUCUUCCCAUUAUUUUCACUUUGCGUUAAACCAGUAGUUUUCGAUAACUUUGCUUGGCAAUUCAUCUUUAUGUUUAUUUUCGCUCUUUCAAAUGGUUAUUGUGGUACUUUAGCUAUGAUCUUUGGUCCAACUAAAGCUGAGGAUCACGAAAAAGAAUAUGCCGGUAUUAUUAUGACAUUCAUGCUCAACUUUGGUAUUUGGGUUAGUACUCACUUUUCAUUCUUAGUUCUUUAUUUGGUUACUGGCUCUACAGGUAUCAGUUUUUAAAUAUUAAAAAGUUCAUAUUAUAAAAAAUAUGAUUUUUUAUUUAAUUAUAUUUAUAUUUAUAUAAAAACAUUUUAUUAUAUUUAUUAUAUUUAUUAUAUUUUAAGUAUAAUAAAUAAUUACACUAUCCAGAGAAGGUCAUACCCUCCCAAUACAUAAUUUUUUUUUAGUCAUUAUUAUUACUUUGACCGACCUUUAUUUAAAUCAGGCAUAUUACCUUUUAAUUUUAUAAUAAAAUUUUUAAUAUGUUUUAUAAUAAUUCUCUCAUC